ACCAGCGCGGUACUGCAUUGCCACCGACCACGGACCGCGGACAUGGCCAGAAUCCUGAUCACCUGCUGCCUGCUCUCGCUGGCCGCGAUUGCCACACGCGCGGCGCCGCAGCAGGACAGACUCGACAAAGUCGACAUAGACGAGGUGCUGGGCAACGAGCGCCUCUUCAGGGCCUACGUGCAGUGCCUGCUGGACGACGGCGACGGCAAGUGCACCCCAGAGGGCAAAGAGCUCAAGAAGCUGCUCCCGAACCUGGUGGCGACCGGGUGUAACGACUGCCCGCCGCGCCAACUGGAGAGGUCGGUCAAGGUGCUGAAGCACGUCACGGAGAAGCGGCCGCAGGACUGGGCCAAGCUGAAGGCCAAGUUCGACCCCGCGGGCGAGUACACCAAGAAGCACAGCGCCACCUGGAAGCAGCGAGGCAUCAACUUCUGAGCGCCUCUGGACCCUGCCAGGGGCUCCCGCAGCUGUCUGUGAUAACUUACAUCAUCCACGCUCAGCCCACGUCUACGUCUCCAGCACCUCACACUCUGCCGCGAGACAGGUCGUGCGGACUAAAAGAUAGUGACCGAUGAAGAUACCAUCUAACAAAUCAGCUUAAUAUUGUUCAUACUGUACAUCCUCAGAGUACAAAAAUAAAUACUCCGUGACAGAUUCAUGUAAAGCGCCAA